GGACGAAGCGCACCGCCGCCGCUGCCUUCCACAGCAGCGCCGCGGCCCACGCCAAGGAGGACUAUUACCAGGUGCUGGGGGUGCCCCGCUCUGCCACCCAGAAGGAGAUCAAGAAGGCCUACUACCAGCUGGCAAAGAAAUACCACCCUGAUACAAAUAAGGAUGACCCUAAAGCUAAAGAGAAGUUCUCGCAGCUGGCAGAAGCCUACGAGGUGUUAAGUGAUGAAGUGAAGCGGAAACAAUACGAUGCGUACGGCACGGCUAGUUUUGAUCCUGGUGCAACAGGCACCGGUGCCGGGCGGCAGUACUGGAGCAGCGGCCCGUCCAUUGAUCCGGAAGAGCUUUUCCGAAAAAUCUUCGGAGAGUUUUCGGGAUCCCCUUUCGGCGAUUUUCAGAACGCCUUUGACCAGCCUCAGGAGUAUAUCAUGGAACUGACAUUCACCCAAGCUGCAAAAGGUGUCAACAAGGAGAUUGUGGUGAACAUUAAUGACUCCUGUGAACGAUGCGAUGGCAAGGGACACGAACCUGGUACCAAAGCGCAGCGCUGUCACUACUGCAAUGGCACUGGCAUGGAGACGAUAAAUACUGGCCCUUUUGUAAUGCGAUCUACGUGCCGACGAUGUGGUGGCCGUGGUUCCAUCAUAACAACACCGUGCGUAGUUUGUCGAGGAACAGGACAAACCAAGCAAAGGAAGACAGUGAUGGUUCCUGUGCCGGCUGGUGUUGAGGAUGGGCAGACAGUUCGGAUGCCUGUGGGGAAGAAAGAAAUUUUCAUUACGUUCAGGGUUCAAAAAAGUCCUGUGUUCAGAAGAAAUGGAGCAGAUAUUCAUUCAGACCUCCUUAUUUCAAUAGCACAGGCUGUUCUGGGAGGCACAGCCAGAUGUCAAGGCUUGUAUGAGACAAUCAAUAUCACGAUACCCCCUGGUAUUCAGCCAGACCAGAGAAUUCGAAUGAGUGGGAAAGGCAUUCCCAAGGUCAACAGUUACGGCUAUGGAGACCACUACAUUCACAUAAAGAUAAAAGUUCCUCAGAGGCUGACGGAUCGCCAGAGAGCCUUAAUGAUGAGCUACGCUGAGGAUGAGGCAGAUGUGGACGGCACGGUGAAUGGGGUCAGAAACACAGCAUCAGGGAAGCGUUCUACUGGCAACUAGGAGCCAGCAGCAGCAGCAGAUUGUCUUUGCAGUCGGGGAAGAAUCUUUCUGGCAGCAGGCUCUGGAGAGUGAAGGAUGUCAGUCAGCAGCACGGUGAGAACCCCAGCUGGAGAGGCUACAAACCACUGAGGCACCAACCACCAUCAGGAUACAACCCCCACCCCGCGUCCUAGGACAUGGUAAUGAAGGAAAACGCCAGCUUUGCAGAAAUGCAGCGCUCUCUUGAGGUUGCUCCACAGUCCCUACUGCUGCUGGAAGCUUAUUUGGUA